AUGGCAAAGAGCAAGGAUGAUAUCGAGUAUGGGACUUCACAGGCAAAGCUUAAUGAAGAUGAAGCUUUAAGGGUGGCUGACAAGCAUGGCACACCUCUUGAAGGUGGAAAGAUAGCAGAUUCUGAAACUGUUGAUCUCUUUUCCAGUGCACAAAAUAUUCCUAAUAAGGGAACUCAUGAUGAUGAUGAUGAUGAUCAUCCUCAAUAUUCUACCAACCAAACUCAGCAACACCGUGGAGAAGAUGUCACGGAUCCCUCAUCCCUCUACCAACACCACCAUCAAACGUAG